AUGUCGUGGGCUGGAGGCACGGACUCGCAGUCGCUCGCGUUUCUCUGCGCGAGCAUGAACGAUCCGAUGGCGGCUCUAGCGGCGUUCGAUCAGCAACACAACCAGAUUCAACAGCAGCAGCAGCAGCAGCAACAGCAGCAGCAGCACCAGCAGCAGCAACAGCAGCAGCAGCAACGCGCGGCGUCCUUUGCGGGAGGAAUCCGUCGCUCGUUGUCCGGUUCGCCCGUAGAAGAAGCUCUUGCCACGUCAGCAGCACCUGAUGUACAUAACUCUUUAGGGUUAGGAGCAGCUGGCUCGGGCUCUGGUAGGUCCGUCCGUGUUGAUCUUCUCCGGUCGAAUGGAUUAGGUUUGGUGCCGAACCUGGCUGCAGGUUUGGGCCCGAACCUAAUGGCUGGCGCGGCAGGUGCACGUGUCAACAAUUUAUUGGGCAUGGACGACGCGAGUCUAGCUGCAGCGGUAGCUUCGGGGAAGAUUCCACUCAGGAGCAGCGAGAGUCCCGUUGCGAGCACCACUGCUGCUGGCGCCGCGGUGGCGGCGGCGGCGGCGGCUACCGCCGGUACAGCCGCGGCGAGGAGCGCGCUCGUUAACGGCGCUACUGCUCGUCGUAGCGGGCUCAGCGCAGGCGCAGGGGCAGGGGCAGUGGCAGGGGCAGGGGGAGGUCUGUCGGGCGCGCGGGGAGGAAUGGGCGCAGCUGCACAGCUGCGCGGGGGCGGGGGAAGAUUUGAUGUCGGAGGGGCGCAGCAGCAGGCGGAGUUUCUCCUGGCUGGGGGGGCGGCGGCGCAGCAGGCGGAUUUCCGUAUGGGCGGGGGGGGAGCAGCGGCGCAGCUGCAGCAGGCGGAGUUUCUGAUGGGCGGAAGCGCGGCGGCGCAGCAGCAGGCGGAUUUCCGAAUGGGCGGGGAAGCAGCGGCGCAGCAGCAGGCGGAUUUCCUCCUGCUGCAGGAGCUGGCGGGGCAGCAGGCGGCGAUGCUGGGGGGAGCGCAACUGGCGGGGGGCUUCCCAGGAGUUUCUGCUUUCCUCACGUGCCUCAUGCCCAUUCCCCGUCCCAUCUUCCCCGUCGCUCCCUUCCACUAUCCUCCCCUCGCCGCUCUCCCCCCCUCCCCCGCCGGUCCCCACCCCUCCCUUCCCCUUUCCCCCGGGUCUUCAGUCGACAUCUCCGCGUUUUUCGGCGGGGGCGGGGGCGGGGAGGCGGCGCGCGCGUCGAUGGCGGAGAUGGAGGCGAACGCGCUGGCGCAGUCACGCUCGCAUGCGUGUUGGCCGUUUCUAGUUUCUGCUUUCCUCGCGUGCUCAUGCCCUUCCCAUCUUCCCCGUCACUCCCUUCCCCUAUCCUCCCCUCGCUGCUGCACCCUCCCCGCCGGUCCCCACCCCUCCCUUCCCCUUCCCCCCGGGGUCUUCAGUCGACAUCUCCGCGUUUUUCGGCGGGGGCGGGGGCGGGGAGGCGGCGCGCGCGUCGAUGGCGGAGAUGGAGGCGAAGGCGCUGGCGCAGUCGCGCUCGCACAGCGAGGCGGAAAGGAGGCGCAGGGAGCGCAUCAACCAGCAUUUGGCAACGCUACGCGCUCUGCUGCCCAGCUCCAGCAAGACGGACAAGGCGACACUGCUAGGAGAGACCAUCCGGACCUGCUGGCAUCCCUCAAGAAAGCGAUUGAUGUCCUUCGUCUUCACGUCCGGGCACUGGAAACGGCCUCUUGCAGCAACCGAGUCACCCAUCAGAUGCUUCUCUCCAGAGACCCUCCCCCUGAAACCGGCGAGCCUCCACACUCCUCCCGCCCCUCCUCUCUCUCCCCACUCCCCUCCUCUUCUUCCCAUUCUGCCCCUCCUGGUGGUAGCAGCCCACUCAAUUCGGGAGGGUUGGGAGGGGUGGAAAAGGGUGGCAGCAGCGGGGCAGUGGUGAGGACGGUGGGAUUCGCAUGUUGGGGGAGGGAGGGGAAGGAGGGCUGGAACAACAGGAAGCGCGUGAGCAAGGGAGACAGCAGGAUCAACAAGCGCAGCAGCACCUGA